AAAAAAGUUUGCUGUUUGAUCUGAGAAUAUAACGGUCUGAGUCCUCACAGGCAGACAACCUCUCCCGAAGAACACGACUUUGUAACUUUAUUCCUUUCCUUUUUUCCAAGAUGAACAGAAUUAUUCUGCAGCUUUUGGCAGUCGGAUUCUGCUUUGCAGUCGGUCAAGCUCUGGAGUGCUACAGCUGUAAAAUUGGCGUUGGGAACAUAUGCAUAACCACUAAAAAAACAUGUAAAGCUGGAGAACUCUGCUACAGUGGUGUGGGGACAGCAGCCACUUUCUUGGAAAUCAAGAAGAAAGGCUGCCUAGAAGAGGCAAUGUGCAACAAGACUUCAGAGACGACCCUCCCGGAAUCCCUCUCCAACACCACCAUCUACACCAUAACAAAGACGUGCUGCGAAGGCAAUCUGUGCAACGCAGCUCCCGGUCUGACCUCUGGGCUGAGCCUGACACUCGCCUCCAUCAUUGCUCUGUUCAUGGCCAAGAUCCUGGUUUGACAGAAAAUCGACAGCUGAUGACACAAAGUACACACAUGCAUACUCACACACAUACACAUAAAACACACACACACAAUAUAUUGCACACACAGCAGCACUACAAAGAUUAAAUUAUCUCCUCAGACACGAGUGUUUUCUUCCAUAUGGGUUUUUUUGUUCACUAUUCUUGAGAUGUAUGAUACUUCACUAUACUUAUAAUUCACUCAAAAUAAAUUUCCACUUUGGAUUAUUAUAUUUAGUUGAAUCAUUAAGUUGCCCCAGGUCUCAAUUCACUGUGGGAGACAUUAAUGCCCUACAAUUAACUUUCUCUGCUUUAAUAAGUUGUUUAGAUACACUUAUACAACACUUACACUUACACAACUUAUUGAGCUCUAAAGGUGGUGUGAUGUUUUGUUUAUUUACAGGUUGACAGAACCAGUGUUUCCCUCUAUUCAAGUCCUCAAUACUCAGAUAACUGUCUCCUGGCUGCAGCUCCGUGUAUACCAUACACACAUGAAAGUGAUAGUAGUUGUUCUCAUCUUACAAUUUGCAAGAACAGGAGUAAUCACAUUUCACAAGAUGUUGAACUAUUUCUAUAUAGCUUUCUGCUUUUGACCGACUGUAUCGUCAUUUUAGAGUCCUAAUAUUCAAAAUAUUUAGAUUUUAAAGCUCAGAUGACAUUUCUAUUAAUCUCAUUUAUUGGCAUUUGUGCACUUCAUUAUUACUGCGUAGCUGAUGAUGUAAAUUGUCAGGUAGUGUCUGUGAAAAUAUGUCUUUUUGUUACGCUGGUUCUUGUACUUUGACAUAAAAAAGCUCAUUCAAUUCUGUGUUUAACCUGUUUUUCUUUUAUAUAUAUAUAUAUACUUGUGUCAAAUCCUCACUGCACGUUACUCAUAAAUGUGGGGUAAAGGCUUCUGUUUAUCUUGCUGGUUGUGAAUGUAUAUAUCAGGAAAACUUGAUUGAAAUCAAAUCUUGUUUGCAGACUUUGAAAUGUAAUUGAGAUUGCAGCAAUUUUAGAUAAUACAUUUCUUAAACUUACACUUUUAAACUGGCAUUGUUCUUCAAAACAAUAAAUGUAUCUGAAUGUCUUUACAAAUUUGGUUCUGUAGACAAUUUGAAGAAUGCAAUAAAUAUUCGAACUGGGGGAAAAAAGGACCUCCUGGUGUGA